AUGGCUCCUAAAGUCACAAAGACGAAACCGACUGCAAAACCGAAGGUAGCCGCUCAAUCAAAAGGUACCUCCAAGGACACCGCUGCUGAGCUCAGCGAAGCAGAAGAUUAUCAUUCUCAUACGGCAGCUGUUCAUCCUCCCGAUAAUGUCGUACUCACACCUGCACAUGCAUUCUUUCGUAAGCAUAUCCAACCCACCCAUCCUGUAUGGAAGUCAGAAGAGACUAUCCGCGAACAAGUGAAGAUAAUGGGCGGUCCUUUACAGCCGUGGUGGCAUUGUCAGGCUUCUGCUUUGCCCAACGAAGCAACAAAAUCAGGGUUUGUGGAGGUGUUUGGCGAAGAAGCGCGAGCUGCAGGAGUGAAGAGCAUGGGGAACAGAAGCCCCUCGUGCUUCAAAGAUGGAAAGAAGAGUCCCUGUCAUAAGGACAGGGAACUGGCAGCCUUCUACUACAAACAUCCCAAUGUCUGUUGCAAGAACGUAGGGAACGGGCUUAUCGCCACCAUUGUUGACCGCUGGGAAGAUGGAAAGUUUCUCAGCUGCUCUGUGUGCUAUGCAGAUACGCAUCUCACGAACUGCACAGUCAGAGGGAAGAAGCUACCCAAUCAACAGAGUCGGGUGGACAGCAAGAGCGAGAAUCUCAACCAGGAGACAAGCACGAAAGAUGUGGUGGACAGUGGACAAACAUCGGCCCUGACUCCAUUACCUCAGGAGAAGCAAAUCAAGGGGAAAGAGGUUGCGAACAAAACUCCCGCUGGCACCACUCCAGCCUCAGAACAAGCCAGUGGAUCAAAGCCUCCAAGAUCUACUCCAACUUGGAAGACCCGGCUAGAAGCUGAGAAGAGAAGAACACCUCAAGAUAAUACUCCGUGGCCCCUGUGUCACGAGACCAACUAA